CUCAAAUGUUCUCUCUCGCCCUCCUUCGCACUCCCAUCCUCUGCUUCACGGCCACGCGGCUGCUGCAUCCAUCCCGUCUGCAGACCACGUGACCCGCCUCUUCCCACGUCCUCCAGUAGUUGACGCUCAGCGCGAUGGCUGCGGAUGCAUCCAUCCCGCAUCCUCACCGGCUCUGCCUGCUCCUCCUCGCCGUCACCAUCUCCACUCUCCCCGCGCCGACAGCGGCUCUGCUCGGUGUCCGGCCGGAGGACACCGAGAGCGGAGAGUUGUCGGUGCAGGAUGGGAUCCUGAAGGCAGUCGAGGGGACCCGCUUCGUCCUGAGGGUUUACUACUCCGCAUCUCUAACCGUGGAGCAUCCCGACAAUCGCAGUGGGAAAGCUGACAUUCCCUCUGCAGCUCCAUGGAUCGCGUUUAUAGAGGAGCCGGGAGGAGGUGGAGGAGGCACCGGAGGGAACCCGUGCGAGGAGGAGAGCGCCCGGAGUUCUGACAUUGAGCUGCUGGGAUCUUUUAAAUCCCCCUCAAGUCAUAACUCUGUUUUGGUCGAGCUGCUGGCCAAAGACCUGCGCAGAGGCGAAGCUGUCAAGUAUUACUCCAUGUGCGCUUUCGAUGGAGUCCAGUGGGAACAUUUCAGCACCAAAGACUUUUGGUUAGCGGUGGUGGAGAGACCUUCCGGGGCUGAUGUUUGGCUCCAGGCAGCUGUGUCAGUGCUGCUACUGGGGCUGUCUGCCCUCUGCAGUGGUCUGAACAUCAGCAUGUUAGCGCUGGACCCCGUGGAGCUCAGGGUUCUGCAAAACAGUGGCACAGACAAGGAGCAGAAGUACGCACAGAAGAUCGAGUCCGUGCGGAAGCAUGGAAACUACAUCCUCUGCACGGUGGUUUUGGGAAACGUGCUGACGAACACGUGCUUUGUGGUGUGGAUGUGCCAAAUUCUGGGGAUGACCCCGCUGUCUACUGUGUGUUGCACUUUGGGAAUAUUCUUUUUUGGAGAGAUUUUACCUCAUGCCGUGGCAUCCAGGCACAGUCUCGCCAUCGCGUCCAAGACCCUCUGUGCCACCCGGCUGCUGAUGCUCCUCUUCUUUCCCAUUGCCUAUCCAGUCUCCAAAAUCCUGGACAUCUUGCUGCACCAGGAGAUCAGCAGCUUCUACACCAGAGAGAAGCUGAUGGCCAUGCUGCGAGUCACAGAUCCGUACCAUGACCUGGUCAAGGAGGAGCUCAACAUUAUCCAAGGAGCUCUGGAGCUGAGGACCAAGACGGUGGAGGACGUGCUGACCCCUCUGUCCGACUGCUACAUGCUGUCCUCAGAUGCAGUGCUGGACUUCUGCACCAUGUCAGAUGUGAUGCAGAGUGGUUUCACCAGAAUCCCCGUCUAUGAGAAUGAGCGAUCCAACAUUGUGGACAUCCUGUUCGUAAAAGACUUGGCCUUCGUGGACCCGGACGACUGCACCCCUCUGAAAACCAUCACUCAGUUCUACAAGCACCCCAUGCACUGCGUCUUCAAUGACACCAAACUGGAUGUGAUGCUGGAAGAAUUUAAAAGAGGUAAGUCCCACCUGGCUGUGGUGCAGAGGGUGAACAGUGAGGGGGAAGGAGAUCCUUUCUACGAGGUGAUGGGCAUCGUCACCCUGGAAGACGUCAUCGAGGAGAUCAUCAAGUCUGAGAUCGUGGAUGAGACGGACCUCUACACCGACAACCGCACCAAAAGAAGAGUCUCCAACCACGAGAGAAAACAGCAGGAUUUUUCCAUCUUCAAACUGGGAGAACACGAGCUGAAUGUGAAAAUCUCACCUCAGCUGUUGCUGGCCACACAUCGCUUCCUCGCCACAGAGGUGGAGCCGUUUCGACCGUGCCACCUGUCGGAGAAGAUCCUGCUGCGUCUCAUCAAACAUCCCAGCGUCGUGCAGGAACUCAAGUUCAACCCCAAGAGCAAGCACGAUCCUCAACAUUACAUCUUCCAGAGGAACAAGCCCGUCGACUACUUUGUCCUCAUCCUGCAGGGACGAGUGGAGGUGGAGAUCGGAAAAGAAGCUCUCCGGUUUGAAAAUGGAGCUUUUUCCUAUUACGGCAUGCCGGCGCUCAUCCCGCCGCUCCCUUUCAGUCAGAGGUUCAGUUCCAGGGGCAGCGGUCUGAACCAAUCCGAUUCACUCUUGUAUGGCGGCAGCGUGGGUCAGCUGACCGCGGGAGGAGGGAUCUACUUACCAGACUACUCAGUCCGACAGCUCACAGACCUGCAGAUAAUCAAGAUCACCAGGAACCACUACCAGAAUGCCCUGACGGCCACCAGGAUGGAGAGUUUGCCUCAGACUCCAGACCCCCUGGACCCAGACGCUAAAAUCAGGCCUCAGGUUCCGGAGGCCCGCUCACACAGCAUCGCCCUUCCGCUCACCCAUGCGCACACUCGGCUGGGCCUGGCCCGGCUCGCACACCUCCAUCCCCACGGCGGCCUUCGCAAUACUUCCCAGCUCAACGCCAGGAACCGCAUCGUUCGCAGCAAGUCUGAUGGUCAGAGGAGUCCCAACGAUACUGUGUUCCUGCGCAUGGAUGAGAUUCCAUACAUCCACGAGGAUCGAGCUGAUGAUUAUGGGGACAUCGAUGUUCCUCUGCAGUCUCUACCCUCCACCUCUCCCCUGAUCUGCUCUCUGUCUCGCUCCAGCUCGGAGGAGAAUAUUGGGAAGAAGCUUCUGCGUAAACUGAGUAACAAGAAAAGGAAAAAGUCCCCGGAUAGUGAGAAGAGUUUAGAAGAAGGUUUGGAACAGCCACCAGUGACAAGCUCGUGACGCCACACUGAGGAGCUGCAGCGGUGCACGACCAUCUCACUUUCAUUUCUCCCACAGUGUUUCAGCAGAUAUCACACAGGAGACUGAGCCAUCACACCUGAUAUACCUGACAAUAGCAGCCUUCCACACACUUCGGACAGAGAACUAUAGCUAUAUUGGAAGUCCUUCCUGCCUAAAUGGUUUCCAAGCACAGAAGACAUCCAAACACUGCUGCAGCAUUCACACCAUUGCUCCCCCACGGACAACUCUCCAGUCCUCCUCUCUAGGACGACCCACUGCCAUAGACUUCCUGGGUGACCAUCCUCCUCUCGCGCUUGGCUGUCCCACCCUGCACGCUUUAACCAUUGCAGCCUUGACUCCGAUCUCGGGACAGAAGCCCCUGAUUUGCUGGGUUCAGACACGCCUCUUUAGGGGUUUUGUCCAACACUUUUUAAAAGAUAGAAAAUGGAAGAGUAUUUUAAUAACAGUUCAAUAGUCACAUGACCUAAAUAACACUUGACCCAUGAUCACCUUUGCUUAAAAGGUCGUUUGAUUUAUUUAUGACAUCUCAAACGCAAUAUAUAGUUUACAACGAAUAUAUUUAGUUAAGAAAACAUAUUUAUUUUUUGAAUGUGGGUGAGCUUUUUUUUCCUCCAUUAACAUAAUGUGGAAACAAUUUUAUGUGACAUGAACAAAUGUUGAUUUUGACUGUGGAAUGCAGUAUUUAUUGCCAUUUACUUAUAUAUAUUUCUGUCAUGCUGAUGCCAUCUGAUAUUGUUUGCCAAGGGAACCUAGUUACCUCUUUAAGGGCGCCACCUAGUGCCGAAAUAAGCACAGCACAGUUUCUGUCCACCAUCUAAACACUAAAAAGUGAAUCAAACAGCCAUAGGUCACUGUCAACUGCACAACACAGUUUCUUUAACCAAAUGUGCUUGAAUUAUAGCAAUAAUAUCACUGUUACUUUGUGUUCAAAGCUAGACCUUGUCAUAUUUGCCGUGCACUUCAGUGAUGUUUUCCCAUUCCUUAUGCGCAACCGUGUCUCAGUGUGACCACUUUUAAAAGCGUUUUUCAAAAGGCUCACUUCGCUACUUUAACCGCGAUGAUAAUAAGCUACGACCCUCACUUGUCAGAGGGUUUUCCCAAGGGACUAUGUUUGCCAGUCGCAUGCUAAACUACGCUGCUUUUGCUGUAGAUUAAUCCCGCAGUAGAAAGCCCGGUGCUUCAUAUGCAUGCUUGUAGACGAAGGGCUGCAUGAGGGGGAUUUGAUACCUGCCAGCAGAGAUUCAGUGGGUGAUGUCAGUAUGAUAUAAAACUAGCACAGACUCUUCUACAGACCAAUUGAAACAACCUUGCGUCUACGGUUUUUAAAACGGGGUAUCUACAGGUAAAAAAAAAAUGAUGAAAUUUGCACCUCUAAACUCAGUCUCAAAGUGAGACAGGUUGGUAGAAAUGUUUCAUUUACUAAACAUAUGUUUGUCACUGUCUAAUGUCUCUUAAAGAACCACCCAACAACGUUCCUGUAGAUACGCUGUUAAAAGAAACGACAUUAAGACUUGCGCAAGUGAACGACAAUCACAAAGCUAUUUACCUUUCAAGUCUGAAUCACCUUUGAAACCUGACCGAUGUGAGGAAAUCACAGCGUGACGCAACAUGACGUCAAGCCACUUGUUUUCAGACCUCCAGUGAUAAAUAUGUUCCGUCGGCUAAGGUCAUGGAUAUAGCACAGUGUCGCCCACGAUGACCUCUCCGUACCCCUUUCUCUGGAUUGCACUGAAUUCCACAAGAAAUUAUUCUGGAAUAAUAACAAUGAUCAUCAAUUACAACACUGGGAAUGAAGAGUUACAUUUGUUCCACUUGUAAGUCAAUAAUAAAAGAUGGUAAUAACUUGAAAGACUCCUUGUUUUAA